AUGAGACUGUGGAUAGCAAGCCUGUUGCUGAGUGACGUCAUGCGAUCUGAUUGGUCGUCGCUUCCCCCACCACCGCCCCCGAGCGGGGCCUCGCUCCCUCUGAUCGUUAGUCGCGGGCAGGAAGGUUCUAGGCUCGUUGCAGCAUCCAGGACAUCCUCAACCGCAGAGUUUGCGAAAAAGUUUCGAAAAAGUGAACAAGUGCCUAAUCCCCUUAAACGGCGAGAUCUCAUUUCACAUUCUGGAGCCGAACACGCAGCCUCUGGGGAGUUCGAAUUUGGCGAAAAUUGA